UCCGUUCGAGUACAUGAUCCUGGCCACCAUCAUCGCCAACUGCAUCGUGCUGGCCCUGGAGCAGCACCUCCCUGACGGGGACAAGACGCCUAUGUCCGAGCGCCUGGAUGACACCGAGCCCUACUUCAUUGGGAUCUUCUGCUUCGAGGCGGGGAUCAAGAUCCUGGCCCUGGGCUUUGUUCUGCACAAGGGCUCCUAUCUGCGGAACGGCUGGAACGUCAUGGACUUCGUGGUAGUCCUCACGGGGAUUCUUGCCACAGCCGGAACCGACUUCGACCUGCGAACGCUGAGGGCUGUGCGUGUGCUAAGGCCCCUGAAGCUGGUGUCUGGGAUUCCGAGCUUGCAGGUGGUGCUCAAGUCCAUCAUGAAGGCCAUGGUCCCGCUGCUGCAGAUCGGGCUGCUGCUCUUCUUCGCCAUCCUCAUGUUUGCCAUCAUCGGCCUCGAGUUCUACAUGGGCAAGUUCCACAAGGCCUGCUUCCCCAACAGCACAGACCCAGAUCCCGUGGGUGACUUCCCCUGUGGCAAGGAGGCCCCGGCCCGGCUCUGUGAGGGAGACACGGAGUGCCGGGAGUACUGGGCCGGACCCAACUUUGGUAUCACCAACUUUGACAACAUCCUGUUUGCCAUCUUGACCGUGUUCCAGUGCAUCACCAUGGAGGGCUGGACUGACAUCCUCUACAAUACAAACGAUGCAGCCGGCAACACGUGGAACUGGCUCUACUUCAUCCCUCUCAUCAUCAUCGGCUCCUUCUUCAUGCUCAACCUGGUGCUGGGUGUGCUCUCAGGAGAGUUUGCUAAGGAGCGCGAGAGAGUGGAGAACCGCCGCGCCUUCCUGAAGCUCCGGCGGCAGCAGCAGAUUGAGCGGGAGCUCAACGGGUACCUGGAGUGGAUCUUCAAGGCUGAGGAAGUCAUGCUGGCUGAGGAGGACAGGAACGCAGAGGAGAAGUCCCCUCUGGAUGCAGUGUUGAAGAGAGCAGCUGCCAAGAAGAGCAGAAGCGACCUGAUCCAGGCCGAGGAGGGGGAGGGCCGGCUCACAGGCCUCUGUGCUCCCGGUUCCCCGUUCGCCCGUGCCAGCCUGAAAAGCGGGAAGACGGAGAGCUCGUCGUACUUCCGGAGGAAGGAGAAGAUGUUCCGCUUCUUCAUCCGGCGCAUGGUGAAGGCACAGAGCUUCUACUGGACGGUGCUGUGUGUGGUGGCACUGAACACACUGUGCGUGGCCAUGGUGCACUACAACCAGCCGCAGCGGCUCACCACGGCAUUGUACUUUGCAGAGUUUGUUUUCCUGGGUCUCUUCCUCACAGAGAUGUCCCUGAAGAUGUAUGGCCUGGGGCCCAGGAGCUACUUCCGGUCCUCCUUCAACUGUUUUGACUUUGGGGUCAUCGUGGGCAGUAUCUUUGAAGUGGUCUGGGCUGCUGUCAAGCCAGGGACCUCCUUCGGGAUCAGUGUUCUGCGGGCUCUGCGCUUACUGAGAAUCUUCAAGGUCACCAAAUACUGGAACUCCCUACGGAACCUGGUGGUGUCUCUGCUCAACUCCAUGAAGUCCAUCAUCAGCCUCCUCUUCCUGCUCUUCCUGUUCAUUGUUGUCUUUGCUCUGCUGGGGAUGCAGCUGUUUGGAGGCCAGUUCAACUUUAAAGACGAGACCCCAACGACCAACUUUGACACCUUCCCUGCUGCUAUCCUCACCGUCUUCCAGAUCCUGACCGGAGAGGACUGGAAUGCGGUCAUGUACCACGGGAUCGAGUCGCAAGGUGGCGUCAGCAGAGGAAUGUUCUCCUCCUUCUACUUCAUUGUCCUCACUCUGUUUGGGAACUACACCCUGCUGAAUGUCUUCCUGGCCAUUGCUGUGGACAACCUUGCCAAUGCUCAGGAGCUGACCAAGGAUGAAGAGGAGAUGGAAGAAGCAGCCAAUCAGAAACUCGCCUUGCAGAAGGCCAAGGAAGUGGCUGAAGUCAGCCCCAUGUCUGCUGCGAACAUCUCCAUUGCCGCCAGGCAGCAGAACUCGGCCAAAGCGCGCUCGGUGUGGGAGCAGCGAGCCAGCCAGCUGCGGCUGCAGAACCUGAGGGCCAGCUGCGAGGCGCUGUACAGCGAGAUGGACCCCGAGGAGAGGCUGCGCUACGCCACCGCGCGCCACCUGCGGCCCGACGUGAAGACGCACCUGGACCGGCCGCUGGUGGUUGAGCCCGGCCGCGACGCUCCGCGGGGCCCCCCGGGGGGGAAGGCCCGGCCGGAUGGCUCGGAGGCCCCCGAGGGUGCGGACCCCCCGCGCAGGCAUCACCGGCACCGAGACAAGGACAAGGCUCCCGCCACGGUCCCCUCGGCGGGGGAACAGGACAGAGCCGAAGCUCUGAGGGCAGAGGGCGGGGAGCUGGGGCCCCGCGAGGAGCGGGGGCGGCCACGCCGCAGCCGCAGCAAGGAGGCCCCGGGCGCCCCGGAGGUGCGCAGCGAUCGCGGCCGUGGCCCGUGUCCUGAAGGUGGUCGGCGCCACCACCGGCGCGGGUCACCGGAGGAGGCAGCUGAGAGGGAGCCCCGCCGCCACCGCGCGCACCGGCACGGGCCCGACCCGGGCAAGGAGGGCCCAGCGUCCGGGACCAGGGGCGAGCGGCGCGCACGACACCGCACGGGCCCCCGGGCGUGCCCCCGGGAGGCUGAGAGCAGCGAGGAGCCUGCGCGGCGGCACCGGGCUCGGCACAAGGCGCCGCCCACCCAGGAGACCGCGGAGAAGGACAAGGAGGCUGCCGAGAAGGGGGGCGAGGCCACGGAGGCCGAGAAGGACAAGGAGGCUCGGAACCACCAGCCCAAGGAGCUGCCCUGUGACCUGGAGGCCAUCGGCAUGCUGGGAGUGGGCGCUGUGCAUACGCUGCCCAGCACCUGUCUGCAGAAGGUGGAGGAGCAGCCAGAGGAUGCGGACAACCAGCGGAACGUCACCCGCAUGGGUAGUCAGCCCCCGGACACCAGCACCACCGUGCACAUUCCUGUGACGCUGACCGGCCCCCCCGGGGAGACCACGGUAGUGCCCAGUGGAAACGUGGACCUGGAAAGUCAAGCAGAGGGGAAGAAGGAGGUGGAAACCAGCGAUGUGAUGAGGAGCGGCCCUCGGCCCAUUGUCCCGUACAGUUCCAUGUUCUGUUUAAGCCCAACCAACCUGCUGCGCCGCUGCUGCCACUACAUUGUGACCAUGCGAUACUUCGAGAUGGUCAUCCUCGUGGUCAUCGCCCUGAGCAGCAUCGCCCUGGCUGCCGAGGACCCCGUGAGAACAGACUCUCCCAGGAAUAAUGCUCUGAAGUACAUGGACUACAUCUUCACAGGCGUCUUCACCUUCGAGAUGGUGAUAAAGAUGAUCGAUUUGGGACUGCUGCUACACCCUGGAGCCUAUUUCCGGGAUCUGUGGAACAUUCUGGACUUCAUUGUGGUCAGUGGGGCCCUGGUGGCAUUUGCUUUCUCAGGAUCCAAAGGGAAAGACAUCAGCACCAUCAAAUCCCUGAGAGUCCUGCGUGUGCUGCGGCCACUCAAGACCAUCAAGCGGCUGCCCAAGCUCAAGGCCGUGUUUGACUGUGUGGUGAACUCACUGAAAAACGUCCUCAACAUCCUGAUCGUCUACAUGCUCUUCAUGUUCAUCUUUGCCGUCAUUGCCGUGCAGCUCUUCAAAGGGAAGUUCUUCUACUGCACGGACGAAUCCAAGGAGCUGGAGCGUGACUGCAGGGGUCAGUAUUUGGAUUAUGAGAAGGAGGAAGUGGAAGCUCAACCGAGGCAGUGGAAGAAAUAUGACUUCCACUAUGACAACGUGCUCUGGGCUCUGCUAACGCUCUUCACGGUGUCCACAGGGGAAGGGUGGCCCAUGGUGCUGAAACACUCUGUGGAUGCCACCUACGAGGAGCAGGGCCCGAGCCCCGGGUACCGCAUGGAGCUCUCCAUCUUCUACGUGGUCUACUUUGUGGUCUUUCCCUUCUUCUUUGUCAACAUCUUCGUGGCCUUGAUCAUCAUCACCUUCCAGGAGCAGGGGGACAAGGUGAUGUCCGAGUGCAGCCUGGAGAAGAACGAGAGGGCUUGCAUCGACUUUGCCAUCAGCGCCAGACCCCUGACGCGGUACAUGCCCCAGAACAAGCAGUCGUUCCAGUAUAAGACGUGGACGUUCGUGGUGUCCCCACCUUUUGAGUACUUCAUCAUGGCUAUGAUCGCCCUCAACACUGUGGUGCUGAUGAUGAAGUUCUACGAUGCGCCGUACGAGUAUGAGCUAAUGCUGAAAUGCCUGAACAUCGUGUUCACGUCCAUGUUCUCCAUGGAGUGUGUGCUGAAGAUCAUCGCCUUCGGGGUGCUGAACUAUUUCAGAGAUGCCUGGAAUGUCUUUGACUUUGUCACGGUGUUGGGAAGUAUUACUGAUAUUUUGGUAACAGAGAUUGCGAACAACUUCAUCAACCUCAGCUUCCUGCGCCUGUUCCGGGCCGCGCGGCUCAUCAAGCUGCUGCGCCAGGGCUACACCAUCCGCAUCCUGCUUUGGACCUUCGUGCAGUCCUUCAAGGCGCUGCCCUACGUGUGUCUCCUCAUCGCCAUGCUCUUCUUCAUCUACGCCAUCAUUGGCAUGCAGGUUUUUGGGAACAUCGCCCUGGACGAUGACACCAGCAUCAACAGGCACAAUAACUUCCGGACGUUUCUGCAGGCCUUGAUGUUGCUGUUCAGGAGCGCCACGGGGGAGGCCUGGCACGAGAUAAUGCUGUCGUGCCUCAGCAGCCGGGCCUGCGACGAGCACUCCAAUGCCAGCGAGUGCGGCAGCGACUUUGCCUACUUUUACUUCGUCUCCUUCAUCUUCCUCUGCUCCUUUCUGAUGUUGAACCUCUUUGUGGCUGUGAUCAUGGACAAUUUUGAGUACCUUACACGGGACUCUUCCAUCUUAGGGCCUCACCACCUGGAUGAGUUCAUCCGGGUCUGGGCUGAAUACGACCCGGCCGCGUGUGGGCGCAUCAGUUACAGUGACAUGUUUGAGAUGCUGAAGCACAUGUCCCCACCCCUGGGGCUGGGGAAGAAGUGCCCUGCUCGAGUCGCGUACAAGCGCCUGGUCCGCAUGAACAUGCCCAUCUCCAGUGAGGACAUGACGGUGCACUUCACAUCCACGCUGAUGGCUCUCAUUCGGACAGCGCUGGACAUCAAGCUGGCACCAGCUGGGACCAAGCAGCACCAGUGCGACGCAGAGCUGAGGAAGGAGAUUUCCUGUGUGUGGGCCAAUCUGCCCCAGAAGACCCUGGACUUACUGGUACCACCCCAUAAGCCUGACGAGAUGACGGUGGGCAAAGUCUAUGCAGCUCUGAUGAUCUUCGACUUCUACAAACAGAACAAAACCAGCAGAGACCAGACUCAGCAAGCCCCCGGAGGCCUGUCCCAGCUGGGCCCCGUGUCCCUGUUCCACCCGCUGAAGGCCACGCUGGAGCAGACUCAGCCGGCGCUGCGUGGAGCCCGGGCUUUCCUGCGGCAGAAGAGUUCUGCCUCCCUGAGCAACGGCGGGGCCGUACAAACCCAGGAGAGCGGCAUCAAGGAAUCGGUUUCUUGGGGCACUCAGAGGACCCAGGAUGUGCUUUGCGAGGCCAGGGCACCCCUGGAGCGGGGCCACUCAGCUGAGAUCCCAGUCGGGCAGCCUGGGACACUGGCUGUAGAUGUCCAGAUGCAGAACAUGACUCUGAGUGGCCCUGACGCCGAGCCGCAGCCAGGGCUGGAGAGCCAGGGCCGAGCCGCCUCCAUGCCCCGCCUGGCCGCAGAAACACAGCCCGCGCCUGACGCCAGCCCCAUGAAGCGCUCCAUCUCCACGCUGGCCCCGCGCCCCCACACGGCCCGGCUCGGCAGCACCGCGCUGGACCGCCCAGCCCCCAGCCAGGCCCCGCACCAUCACCACCACCGCUGCCACCGCCGCAGGGACAGGAAGCAGCGGUCCCUGGAGAAGGGUCCCAGCCUGUCUGCUGACACAGAUGGGGCCCCCGACAGCACGGUGGGGCCAGGACUGCCCACGGGGGAGGGCCCCCCCGGCUGCAGGCGGGAGCGGGAGCGCAGGCAGGAGCGGGGCCGGUCCCAGGAGCGGAGGCAGCCCUCGUCCUCCUCCUCGGAGAAGCAUCGCUUCUACUCCUGUGACCGCUUCGGGGGCCGCGAACCCCCACAGCCCAAGCCCUCCCUCAGUAGUCACCCCACGUCGCCGACGGCCGGGCAGGAGCCGGGACCCCACCCGCAGGGGAGUGGUUCGGUUCACGGGAGCCCCCUGCUGUCCACAUCUGGUGCUAGCACCCCGGGCCGGGGGCGGAGGCAGCUCCAGACCCCCUUGACCCCCCGCCCCAGCGUCACCUACAAGACGGCCAACUCCUCGCCUGUCCACUUCGCCGGGGCACCGAGCGGCCUCCCCGCCUUCUCCCCCGGCCGGCUCAGCCGGGGCCUCUCAGAACACAACGCCCUGCUGCAGAGGGACCCGCUCAGCCGGCCCCUGGCGCCCGGCUCGCGCAUCGGCUCCGACCCCUACCUGGGGCAGCGGCUGGACAGCGAGGCGCCCGCCCGUGCCCUGCCCGAGGACGCGCCCGCCUUUGAGGAGACCGCGGCCAGCAACUCGGGCCGCUCCUCCCGGACCUCGUACGUGUCCUCACUGACCUCGCAGCCCCCGCCGCUGCGCCGCGUGCCCAACGGCUACCACUGCACUCUGGGGCUGGGCGGGGGCGGCCGGGCGCGGCGCGGCUGCCACCACCCCGACCGCGACCGCCGGUGCUAGCCGCUGCGCGCCCGCCCCCGGCGGUGGGCUUCAUCUUCCGCGCUGGGCUGCGGGGACGCGGGCACCGAGGCCCUGGACGGGGCCUGGGCGGAGGCCCCUGCUCCCCUCCCCCUCCUCCCUGACAGCAGACGGAUCAAUAAAGCCCCUUCCGGCGGGACGCGGCUGUCUCUGCCCCCUGACGUGCUGCCUUCCCAGGUCUCCCACCACAGGCUGAUCCUGUGUCAGAGACCCCGGUGUCAGUGUGCAGGGGUGGGGGGUGCGGGGCCUGUGUCGGACCCCCAGGGUUAAUGGGGGGAGCGUCAGUGUGUGGGAGCACCUGUGACCCGUGUUGGUGGGAGGAGUUGCACUGCCUGGAGGCAUAGGGGAGCUUAGGGGUCUCGAGGGAGCCGGGGGAGGAGCUGAGGUUGCUCCUGGUCCCUGGUCGCGGGGCGGCAGGUGGACGCUGGACACACUCAGAUCUCUCAGUCCCUCCCCGACCCCAUCAGCCCCAACAGGGACCAAACCUGGAGGACGUGCCGGCUGCUGGUCUAAACAGAACAGGAAGAAAAUGAGGAAACCGGAAAAUCAGAGCCG